AUGAACCGAUGCGGAGAGGAGUCGGAACAAGGGGCGGAGAUACGGCCCCACCUGCACCGGUCGCUGUCGUCCCAAGCCUCCACUCGAGACGAAUCAGUUCAAUCUCCAGGACAAGAGUGCGCCGUCCGGCUCCGUUGUAUUCACCCUCCUAACGACAGCGACGACUCAGACAUCGAUAUCAUUGCCAUCCAUGGCUUAGACACAAAGUCGCCCGAUACAUGGAUCUGGAAAGAUCCCAAGAAUCCUAGCAAGUCUGGGGUGAACUGGCUGCAAGACAAGGAUAUGCUCCCCAACUUAGUCGGCCGCGCUCGCAUUUUCACUUGCGACUGGCCGGCCGACUUAUACGAAGAUUCGAACUUGGUCCCAAAAAUGAUUGACGAAUUUGCUCGGCUUCUGCUAAACAGCAUCCGAAGUCUCUCAGAAGAAAAUCGGCCUAUCCUCUUCAUUACAUCAUGUCUUGGUGGCAUCAUCCUCAUAAAGGCUCUUUGCAUGGCUACCGGAAAGUAUUCUUGCAUAAAAACGUCUGCCCGUGGUUUUAUCUUCCUUGCCACACCGUUUCGAGGUAUAUCGUCCCCAGAUAUAGUUCAUUGGGGAGAACCGUUUUUGAGAAACUGGGCUUCCAUCCAAAACAAACAUGUGACUACACUACUGGGCAACACGAAGUCAACCUCCGACCUUAGAGAAGCUGUUCGCGGGUUUACGCAGAUAUGUAUAGAGCAAAACUACGAAAUCUGUACUUUCUAUGAACAAGGCGUCUCCAAUUUAUCUCACAAACUACUUGAUUCAUUCGCUAACGUCUACCAGUUGGUUGACGUAAAUUCUGCGACUCUAGACAUUGAUGACCAUCCACUGCCGCUCGAUCGACCUCAUGUAUUAAUGAAUAAGUUCCAAGGCCCUUUGGAUGCGGAUUACAAAGCGGUUUCAAGGGAAGUUAAACGCCUCCUUGCAAAGGUUCGGGCAGGUACACCACUCGAAAAAGCGGAUACUUGGAUACAUAACAAUUACUAUACCAAAGAAACACUCAAAAUUCAGCGACUAUCAGGCGACCUUUUACCGAUGGACCAGUGCUAUGUCAAUCUUGCCAUCGUAAGGCAGAUUGGUAAAGAUAGCUCUAUGGAUAUUGCUCACCAGUCUUCCCCAUUUUCACUCUCUAGUCGACUACGAGUUGAGGAACCGGACGAAAAACUCCAAGUCGAGCUCCAAGCCUUGUUUAACCCUCGCAAAAUGUCCGACGGUAGCAUAAAGCAACCUAGAAGAAUACUAAUCCGUGGCCGUGCCGGAGUUGGGAAAACUACUUUAUGUAAAAAAAUCGUCCAUGACUUUAUCCACAGUAACACAUGGAAGAACUUGUUCCAACGCAUACUUUGGAUACCGUUACGAAAUAUGAAAUUUACGAGACCCUGCAAUUUUAAAACAUUGCUCUAUAACCAGUAUUUUGUUCAUUGUCCAGAAGGGAAGAAUCAUGCUUCCAAUCUGAAUGAUGUCAUACAGCAUCCAAUUCCCAAUGGUGGAAGAACGUUGUUUAUCCUCGACGGUCUAGAUGAAGUUCAGAAUCUGGGUGGCGAACAGAAUAAUGAGUACCAGGUUUUGACAGACCUUCUGAAGCAGCCUGACGUAAUCAUCACGACCAGACCGCAUGCUACAUUUCCAGCAGGUUCUGGACAGUUUGACCUUGAAUUAGAAACGAUUGGAUUUUACCCGUAUCAAGUACAAUGCUACCUCGAAAAGGUCGUGCAAGACCUGCCCACUCUCCAAGGUAUCCUAUCGUCCAUCCAGAAGCACUGGCAUAUUCAGAGCCUUGUUCGAAUACCGAUUCAGUUAGAUGCGCUCUGCCUCGCCUGGGACGAGAUACCUAAUAACCCUACCCCAGAGACUAUGACGACCGUAUACAAGGCUAUUGUACUCCGCUUGUGGAAGAAAGAUAUCGUACGACUUAGAGAAAAGGGUGAUCCGGAGUAUCCUAUAACAAAGUACACCCUUCCGUCCCAGAUAUGGGAUCUUAGCGACCCUGAUAGUCAACUACUUGGAUGUUUCGCCUUUAGUGGAAUGUACAGUAAUGAGGUUGAAUUUCAACCAGAACAUCAAAAUAAGGUGUAUGGGCUGAUAUCAUCUUGGACCGCAUUACCUACCCAAGUGAAAAUUUCAUUUCAUGAUCGGCUUGGAUGUCUCUCAUUCCUGCGAUCGUCAGACCCCUCGAUAGACACAUCUAAUCGAAGUUAUCACUUCUUGCACCUAACAUUCCAGGAGUUCUUUGCAGCGCAUUAUUUUGUUAGGCAAUGGAUGUUGGCCGAAGAUCUCGAAUACUUAGAUCUGAAUUCUGGAAACAAGCAAAGAUCUAGUCCCGUAGAUUUCCUGAACCAGAACAAGUAUGACCCACGAUACAACAUCAUGUGGCGGUUUACCACGGGAUUACUUGAAGCCGAGGGAGCAGACGAAGCAACCAAGUUUUUCCAACAGCUCGAAAAAGAACCACGCGACCUUUUAGGACCAACUCAUCAGCGACUAGUUAUGCAUUGUUUUAGCGAAGUGGUUGAUCCACAGUCUCGACCAGAAUUGGCAGAAAAGCUAUCGCAAUGGCUACUCUUCGAAGGUGACUUAACGGAACACUUACGCUUGGUUUCUGAAUCUGGUGUCCCUGACCAAGUUCUAAGAACCUUUGACCAGGUCUUUCAAAGAAGGAAGAAACGCAGCAUUAGUAAAUCCCAUCACAGGUUUCGACGAAAUUCCGGGAUUUGA